AUGGAUCUACUGAUUACUCAAAAGCAUCACGUCUUGAACAGUCUGAAGUCUAAGAAGGAAGAGAUGGAAAAAAGCAAUACAAGCAAUGCGGCGAUUGUCAUGGGGGAUGUUAUUGGUCUACUUCAUGUACAAGACAAGAACACAGAAACCAAGGACAUAUGCUACUCUUCAGAAAAGGACAUGAUAAAUGUUUUUGAUUGUCAAAGUGACCUGAAGGCUGGUUUUCCCUGGUUUGUGAAGAUUUCCAGUGAAGCCUUUAAUAAAUCACGAUGGGAAAACAAUGGAAAAACUUUUGUUGGAAUUCUACCGUUUAAAAACAUGGGAAAUAAGAAUGAAACUCAAAAUUACAGUGUUUUGAACAAUGAGGUUUAUGGCGUGACGAUGGGGGCUAAUAUAUACAACCUUAUCAACACUAUUGACAUGUCCUUUAAACAUAAUGAUAAGGUCGGUAAGGCGUCCUGCGUUUCUUGGGAUGGCAAAGGAGAACUUAAUUGGACGUCAUUCGGCUGUGUGACAGAAACAAUCGACAGCAACACCAUAAAGUGCUCUUGUUCGCAUCUGACGUUCUUUGCAGUGCUGAUGUCAGAUGCAAGCGACAUAGUGCAGCAUCAGGAAUCAUUGGCUUUUAUCACUUCUAUCGGCUGCGGUAUCUCCAUGUUUUUUAUGGCAGUCGCUUUAUUCAUGCAUUUCCUGCUACGGAAAGCCAAAUCAAAUCAGGCCACGAAGAUCUUGAUGAACAUGUUUGUGGCUUUGUGUCUACUGAAUGCCUCGUUUUUGUCAAACGAGAGCAUCGCUAACACAGGAGACAACACUGCGUGCGUCUUCAUAGCGCUGCUCCUGCAUUACUCCAUGCUGGCCUCAUUCACCUGGUUCUUCAUUCAAGCUCUUCAUAUGUACUUAUGGCUCAUCAGACAGAACGUCACCAUCACAAACUACAUGAGGAAGAUCACCGUGUUGGGCUGGGCGUUUCCCGCUCCAAUAGUCAUAGCUAUUGCUUCUGCAGGAGAAUAUAAAACACUGAUCCUAAAAACAACAUCUGGAAAAAUGUCGCUAAUGUGCUGGAUUACAAAUCCCGUCAUUCACUACGCAGUGAACAUCGGCUACUACGCUUUAGUUUUCAUCUUCACGACAGGAAUCUUCAUCACUAUCUUAACUAGGAUUGUCCAGGCCAGACUUAGUUCUGGUUCACAGUGA